UGAGCUUGCUUUCGAUUUUCAUUUCCCGGAAGAGUUGAAUACGAAAACACUAGAAACAAGUUGCGUUCGGUCUUCAUCUGAUUACUUGCUCACUUUAAGGCUAAUAUAUUUUUAUUAUUAUUUGGGGAGAGCCGCAAACGGAUAUGUCAAUGUUAGUGAAGGAUGAGCGUCAAAAAAGACGUGCUCCUACUUUAAUGCUUGAAACAAAAAUCAGUGGGCAUCACCUCCCACCAGACAAGAUACCAAAAGUCAGCACUCCUUCACAAGAUGACCUAUGGCAUCUUCCUGGACAGCUACGAAUAAAUCCAUCUUUGUGGGAUAGGGAUGACGUUUCCCUCUGGCUUCACUGGGCUCACAAGGAGUACUCACUCCGGCGACCUGAGAAGGCUAACUUUGAGAUGAAUGGCCGGGCCCUGUGCCUGCUCACCAAGGAGGACUUCAGGCACCGCUGCCCUAGCUCAGGUGACGUUCUGUAUGAGAUCCUGCAGUGUGUGAUAAAGCAACGGAGGACUGUUGGAUGUCAACCCCCAAAGAGGUCUCACAUCCAAAGCACAGACAGGCCUCAGAUGCAAGUCCCAAAAAUCGAAGAGUCCCUGUCUCUCUCCUCAGACAACACGGGAGCUCCACAAAAACAAGAUGAACCUGAAACACUCAUGGAGGAACCUCUCGAUUUGACCUGCCAAGAGAAACCUCAACAGCAAACACACACACCUAACGGCCGCUUGCCAGAAUGCAGGUUUCUGUGGGAUUACGUCUACAACCUGCUGUGUGAUGACCAAUAUGAAGAAUACAUCCGAUGGGAAGACCGUGGCAGCCAGGUGUUCAGGGUGGUGGAUCCCAACGGCCUCGCACGUCUGUGGGGACAUCACAAGAAUCGGGACAAUAUGACCUAUGAAAAAAUGUCUCGUGCUUUAAGACACUAUUACAAACUCAACAUCAUCAAAAAGGAGCAAGGACAAAAACUCCUCUUCAGGUUUCUGAAAACACCACAAGACAUCAGCAAAGAGCUGGAUGACCCUCUGGAGUCUCCAGCACACUCUCCCCUUCAGGACAAGAACGUUUCAGACAGUAGUCCUUUAUCUGAACGGAACAAGGAACAUUUUGAGGUUUCCCCUUAUCGUAUCUCUCCCGAAUGCUCGCCAUCUGCCCCACCGCUGAGAUGAAACAAGUGUUGUGCAACAAGAAUUAUCUUGGUUCUAACUAAGAUUGUCAAUCAUUGACUUGUUUACUUUAUGCUUCCUCUUCUUUGACCUUUAUUGUGAAUCAAUACUUUUAUUUUAAUCACACCAAACACUAUUGAGAAAAAUAACUAUCUAUUUUAUUGAAUGUCUUCAAUUUUUAAUUAUAUUGUACGAGAAGUAUAUUGAAUGUUUGUUGUGUGAUACAUUUUAUACACUACACAACUCCUGUUCAUCAAUAAUACUCAUUUUAAUCACUACAUGCAAUCCCUGUUUUGUUUUAAAUAAUUAUUAUAAUUUGAACAGCACCAACAGUGUAUCUACAUUAUUUUGGUACAUUUCUCAAGCCUAUCACAAUAGCUUAUUCAUUUUGUUAUUAGAUAUAUAUUUUUUAGUCAUGCUACUUGUUGCUAUGUAUCUACUUAGACGCACAUUACAGCAAAAAACAAAACCCUGCGUUACUACUCUUAUGAUACUUGUUUUGGUUUAGAUUUGCAUUUCAUGCAAUUUCAUGUGUUUUUGUGUGUUUCGUGUCUUGUCCUGUCUCGUCCAACCGGUUUUAACUCCCUCAGCCACUUAGGUCUUCUCCAGGUGUUCCUGAUUGUCACGGUCAGUUUCCUUGUAUUUAGUUGCCUGCCUCCUUUCACUCUCUGUUAAAUUAUUUGCCUCCUUUGUUGUCCUCUUAUGGUGAGUUCUGUUUGUUGUUGUUGUUUCUUUGAAUAAAUAUUUGGGGAGCUUUCGAGAA